GAUCCCACGGCACAAGGCUGCCACAUCCGGAGGAAAAAAAUUCCCCUGCGCUGCGCCUACUGUCCAGUGUAUGCUGCUCUCUCUCCGCUCGUGUCGCUGCUCGGCUACUCUUCGAUUCUCCGACGAAUUCCGCCGCCACCUCCCCAUCUCUUCCAAGCAGGCGUCAAGUAAGCUUGCCAAGCUCCCUGCGGCCCCUUCCGGAACCUUACAAAACCCCUCCGCCCUCACUCCUAGGGUUUGGCCUCCGCCCUCGCCGGUCACCACCGGCGCGCGCGAUGGGGAUCGGGCGGAAGCGGCGGCGCGUGGGCGGGGAGCUGUCGCGGGUGGCGGAGAUCGUAAUGGUGCUGGCGGCUGCGGGGCAGGCGCGGAGCGGGCGGGCCCCGACGGCGGCGGAGCGGGCGCUCGCGGCGGAGGUGCGGGGCACGCUCGUCGCCGCGGUGGAGGAGGUGGCGUGGCCCAGGGAGCUGUUCCAGAGGGAGGCGGUGAGCGCGCUCGUCGAGGACCUCGGGCUCACCCACGCCAGGGACCCCGCCGCCGUGGGAUACCGCCCGCGCAGGGCAUCCAUCGCCGACAGGGUCGUCCUCACCAAGCGCAAGAUGGAAGAAGUCAAGGAAGCUCUCGUGCAUUCAACAACUAAUGUGCCUAAAACGACAAUCUCGAGUGGGAAAACUGGAUUCCAGCUUGGUGCUUCUAAGUCCACCACUGGAUCACCCAGGAACCUCUCAAACCCGAUGACAUCCCCAUUUAUCUUGAAGCAACCCCUGUUAAAUGGAACAGUAGCAGGAGCAUCUUCUGUAAAACCAGCUAACAUUCCUUCAAUUGUUUCGCUGCCACCUGUUGGCCCUGCAGAUAUCAAAGUGGAAAAAGGUCUUAAUGGUUCUAAUUUCACACAAAGUGGAGGUGCAGCAAUUACUGAUCAGGCAAAAUCAGAGCAUCACACUGCUACAAGUUCCGAUCAGAAUUUCAUACAGAGUUCCAGUCCGGCAGGAAAAUCUCUGGAUAAAAAUGCACCUGCUAUUCACCCUGUGACAGGAAGUUUUGUUACUGGACAUCAGGCUCCAAGUGGGGACUUAUCUGUUAAAAAACAAUCAGUCUUCUCCAAUCACAAGGUAAUAGCGGAAAACAUUGAACGGAUUGUAAACAAACAUGUUAUUCAUCCCAGCUGGGCUGUGCCUUCAACUGAGUAUAUGAAUACCCAACUAAACUGUCAGAUAUGUAAAAUUUCUAUUGCCGAUAUGGAAGGUUUGCUUGUUUGUGAUGCCUGUGAGAGGGGAAUGCACUUAAAAUGCCUUCAGCACUAUGAGGAUCAAGGUCUGCCUAAAGUCGAGUGGUAUUGUCCAACGUGCGUGGCACAUAGUAGGGGCAAACCCCUGCCUCCAAAAUAUGGCAAGGUUACAAGAACCAUUGUUGCACCAAAGACUAGUAUGAUUAGUGGUGUUACACAGCCUUAUUUGCAGGUAGCAGCAGAAAACCCAGCCAAAAAGGAUGGUAAACAAGUGGCAGCAAAUGAAGGUGUUAACAAUCAGAACUCCAACAAAGUUGGCAGCGCUGUGCACAAGAGUGGUACAUUGGCUUUAGACACUAGUUCAAAAUCAUUAUCGAUCUCUGCUGCUGGACCUCAAAACGAAAAUGUUAAACAUGACGAAACUUCAUAUAUAAAAAAGGAAAGAAAUAGCCAACCUUGUGGUGGCAUACUUACAGAAUCUGCAAAAUCCUGCAAUGAAGGUCAAAGUAGUGGAGCAUCGACAUAUGGUUCUGGCAAUCUGCCAGGGCAAUCUCAUAUUGACAGUUCCAUGAAUUCAGUAAACAAUUCCACCCUGCAAUCGACCACACUUUCUGGCUUAGAACAUUUGGACCAUUCUCCCAUUGUUUCUUCAGUAGAGAACUGUGAGAGCGCUGGAAACUCUUACCAACAUCCAAGCAAACAAAUGGCCAGCACUAGAACUGAUGAAACACAUCAAGCAGAUGAAGUUGCUAAGAAUGGGAUAAGAAAACCACUGGAACAACAAAUAAUGGCAGAUGAUUCCAUCUCAGAUUAUGGCAAUGCUCAUCUGGUGACUUCAAAUGGGCACAUUUGUCCUGAGCAUGAAAUUAUAGGGGAUCUUAUGGGUGAAUAUGUAGGUUGUAGCACAGCUAGUGUUGUGGAUUGGGUUGGUGAUGCCCUCAAAACUGUUGACAACAAGACUUACUAUAACUCUUGUAACAUUGAGGGUAUAAUAUACAAUCUUAAUGAUCAUAUUUUGAUUGCCUCAGAAGGUAGCAAGUCUGUUCCGUGUAAGCUGCAGUCACUGUGGGAGGAACAUGACUCUGGGUCUAGACUGGCUAUGGUCAAUCCCUAUUUCUUUGGCUCGGAUGCUCCAGAAUCUGUUAGCAAACCAUGUACCGAUGAAGAGAAUGAGGUAUAUGGUUCAAAUAAUCAAAGAAUUCUAUUGGUUUCUGCUAUUUGUGGCCCUUGUGACGUAGUAAAUGUUGACGAGUUUAGAGAAGAGACCAAGAGAUGCCAGCUAGACAAUUCAGGUAGUAGGUUGCAUCCGAUUUUCUUCUGCAGAAAUAGAGAGCAAAAGGAAAAGGACCAAGCAUGGAAACGGAACUACCUAAGCUAGUCAACCUCAUUCAGGAGCCUACGCCUAGAUGGAAGUAUGAUGAAUCCACGAGCAGUUUCUAUAAAGACUAUAAUGUUGAUAGUUAGAUGGGUUUCUGACAUUCUUUUUCUUGAAAAAUUAUACAUGUAGCUAUUAAACCAAAGGAGAAGCUGUACAUGCGCUUGUUGCUGGCUAUCAAAAUCUGAUGACUGGUACAAGUGUUGUGAAAAACGCAACUGGAUGUUUGGAUGAGGUGGAUUUAGUGGUUUACUCGCAACUCAAACUCCUUUCACCUGUUUCCUUACGUCGCAUCAUGUCGAAUUCUUCUCCGUAUAAGCUGUUGAAUGUUGAAGUAUGCUUGUUUUAGGUAUAAUUCUUCUCUGUAUAAGCAUGUUUUAACUGAUGACAGUUAUGAUGAUUGAUGGGACAUGGAGCCAGGACGAAGCUCGUUUUAGGCA